GAUUUCCUGCCCUCACCCGGAGCUCACCACAGCUUCCUGCCGCAGGCGGGCAGGCAGGCGCUGUGAGGCGGGCGCCAAGCCGAGGGGCAGGUAGGCCUGGGUGCAGAGUCCAUGCAGGGGUGGCUGGUGCCCCAGACUCCAGCCCAGGCCCUGGCCGGACUGCUCUGGGAUAAAGGGUCUUCCAGAGCCAGCACUGACCCCCACUCAGCCCAACGAGGGGAAGGGAUCUGGGGAGCCCUCAACGAGGGCGCAGCUGCCCUCCGCCAGGCUUCUAGCCUGGUGCCACUGGGCCCGGUCUCUCUGCUGGCCCAGCCCGCUCUGUGGGGCAGCUGUGUCCUGGAGGGGCACAGGGCGAGCAGUCAGGCCUGGUCCAAGCUCUGUCCUGCAGGUAGAUGGAGGUGGCCAUCCUGCUCCCCCUCGUGCUGGGCCUCCUGCUGCUGCCGCUCUUGGCCGUCCUGCUGACGGCACUCUGUGUACGCUGCCGGGAGCUGUCAGAUUCAGACGACCCUGCCACCUCCGACAGUGGGACCCUACACAGAAUCGUGAUCAAACGGCCUCGUGAGUACAUGGAGGGUCCUUGGCCUCUGGGGUAUGGAAGAGAGUUCCCUGGAAUGCGAGCAAGCCUUGACAAGGUUAGGACACGAUGUCUGGACUCAUUCCUUCACCUCGGUCCUGUGUCCUCAGCCAUGAUAGCCUCCUGGUCACCAGCUACUUCCUAUCCAUCUGUUACAUCCCAUCCAUCCUUGAGCCAGCCAGACCUGCUUCCCAUGCCGAGAUCCCCACAGCCCCCAGGGGGCUCCCACCAAGUGUCAUCUUCCCGGCAGGACUCUGAUGGUGCCAACAGUGUGGCAAGCUAUGAGAAUGAGGAGCCAGUCUGUGAGGACGAGGAUGAAGAUGAGGAUGAGGAGGACUAUCACAACGAGGGCUACUUGGUGGUGCUUCCCGACACCGUCCCAGCCGCCUGCAGCGCUGCCAAGGCAGCUCCUGUGCCCAGCAACCCCGGCCUCCGAGACAGCGCCUUCUCCAUGGAGUCGGGGGAAGACUAUGUGAACGUUCCUGAAAGCGAGGAGAGUGCAGAUGCGUCUCUGGAUGGGAGCCGGGAGUACGUGAACGUGUCCCAGGAGCUGCAGCCCACGGCUAGGACCGAGCCUGCCAUCUUGAGCUCCCAGGAGGCCGAGGAAGAGGAGGAAGAGGGCGCCCCAGACUAUGAGAAUCUGCAGGAGCUUCACUGAGGGCCUGUAUGAGGCAUGCCUGCCCUGGAGCCUGCCUUGCCUGGGAGGGCCGAGCUGGGCCCACUUGGCACCCCAGCCCGGCUCCAGCCUGACAACAGCCUGAGAAUUUUCCUCCUAACUUAUUGUCACUUUGGGGUCCAAUCUAGGUGCCCCCAACACUCUGCACCUUCUGACACAGCCUGAGAAUGAACUGCCUCGACCCCAGCCCUACUCUGUGGUAGAAUAAAGGCUGGUGUGGUCUGUAGUGCUCUUGACUUUGGGGGGUCCAGUGGGUCGCAGUCAGGGUGAGGGUGGGCUGUGCCCGAGGCCUGCAUGUGUACGUGUCUGUGGCUGCCCAUCCCCCGCAGGGCCUGCGUGCUCCUAGCGCCCUGGCCAGGUGCCGCAGGGGUGGCUGUAACGGCCGGGACACGUCUCCUCGCGGGUGCGGCAAGCCUGACCCAGGCUGGCACCUCUGGGGCCCAGAUGCAUCUCCCCAUGAGACAGCCCCCAGAGACCAUGGCUGCACUAAUGGGGGAGUGGGGUGUGGGGGUGCUCUGGGGGGGGCCUCCGAGCAAGACCCUUCUCUGCUUGCCCCCGGUUUCUUCAUUUACAAAAGAAGCGGGGGGACUCGAUGACUUUGAAGGGCUUUCUUAGUUUUUACCUUUUGUGGCUCUCAAUAAAACAGAACUUAAAAAUUA